GGGCCUGUUGUUGCAGUGGGGAGUGGGGAAUGACUGGCUGAGACCGAAUGUACAGGGAGGGGGACACUCUCUGUGCUGUACGCUCUUGUCCCUCAGAGGGGUCACCCUGCAAACCACUGGGUGGAAGCAGUUUUUUUUUCCUCUCCCCCCUCCCCUUCUAAGAUGUAGCUGCUGGAGAUGUAGACUUGGACUCAUUCUGCCAGGGAGCUCUAGUUGACACGAGAACCCAAAGCCACGCCAGCGCCCUGUAGAGGCCAUGGCUCCUCGUAAGCGCAAUGCCCGGGGCUUCUCCUUCAUCUUCUGCUGCUUCCAGAGCAAUGACCACCCAGAAAUCACCUACAGGCUGCGCCAUGGCAGCAACUUUGCCUUGCAAACCAUGGAGCCAUCCCUGCCAAUGCCACCUGUUGAGGAACUGGACAUCAUGUUCUCUGAGCUGGUGGAUGAGCUGGACCUCACUGAAAAACACAGGGAGGCCAUGUUUGCCCUCCCAGCAGAGAAGAAGUGGCAGAUAUAUUGCAGUAAAAAGAAGGAGCAAGAGGAAAACAAAGGGGCCACCAGCUGGCCAGAAUUCUACAUUGACCAACUGAGCUCCAUGGCUGCUAGGAAGACACUCUUGGCCCUGGAGAAAGAAGAUGAGGAAGAAAGGAAUAAGACCAUUGAGAGCUUGAAAACAGCUUUGCGGACACAACCCAUGAGUUUUGUGACCAGGUUUAUUGACUUGGAUGGCCUGACAUGCAUCUUGAACUUCCUGAAGACUAUGGACUAUGAGACCACAGAGUCCCAGAUCCACACCUCACUGAUUGGCUGCAUCAAGGCACUGAUGAACAAUUCUCAGGGCCGUGCCCAUGUACUGGCCCAUCCUCAGAGCAUCAAUAUCAUUGCCCAGAGCCUGAGCACAGAGAACAUCAAGACCAAGGUGGCUGUGCUAGAGAUCAUGGGUGCUGUCUGCCUGGUGCCUGGUGGCCACAGGAAGAUUCUGGAGGCAAUGCUGUAUUACCAGAAGUUUGCUUCCGAGAGGACACGCUUCCAGACACUACUAAAUGAUCUGGACCGGAGCACUGGGCGGUACCGAGAUGAGGUGAACCUAAAGACGGCUAUCAUGUCAUUCAUCAAUGCCGUGCUCAGUCAAGGGGCUGGUGAGGAAAGCCUGGAGUUCCGCGUCCACCUUCGGUACGAGUUCCUAAUGCUUGGCAUCCAGCCAGUCAUUGACAAGCUAAGAUCUCAUGAGAACUCCACUCUAGACCGACAUUUGGACUACUUUGAAAUGCUGAGAAAUGAAGACGAGUUAUCCUUGUCAAAGCGGUUUGACACUGUGCACAUAGACACUAAAAGUGCUACCCAAAUGUUUGACCUCAUCAGGAAGAAGAUGAACCACACGGAUGCAUAUCCACACUUCAUGUCUGUCCUACAGCACUGUCUCCUGAUGCCCUACAAGCGAAGUGGGAAUACGGUGCAGUACUGGUUGCUCCUGGACCGCAUCGUUCAGCAGAUCGUUCUGCAGACUGACAAGGGUCAUGACCCAGACGUUACCCCACUGGAGAACUUCAAUGUGAAGAACGUUGUGCGAAUGUUGGUGAAUGAAAACGAAGUAAAGCAGUGGAAAGAGCAGGCUGAAAAAAUGCGAAAAGAGCAUCAGGAGCUGCAGGUGAAGUUGGAGAAGAAGGAGCGAGAGUGUGAAGCCAAGACACAGGAGAAGGAGGACAUGAUGCAGACGCUCAACAAGAUGAAGGAGAAGCUAGAGAAGGAGACCAGUGAACACAAAAUUGUCAAGCAGCAAGUAGCAGAGCUGUCCUCCAGACUUCAUGAUCUCAGCAAUCGACCACAACCUACCAUCCCUGGUGGCCCCCCACUCAUUCCUGGAGCCCCAGGUGGUCCUUUGCCUCCUCCGCCUCCAGGAGGCAUGCCCCCUCCCCCUCCACCACCCCCUGGUGGAGGUCCACCACCUCCUCCACCUCCUCCAGGUGGACCUCCACCCCCGCCAGGACCACCUCCACUUGGGGCACCUCCGAUUCCAGGGGGCCCACUGGGAUCAUCUCUGAAGAAGAAGAAUAUCCCACAGCCAUCCAACCCACUCAAGUCAUUCAACUGGGCCAAGCUAGCAGAGAACAAGCUGGAGGGGACAGUGUGGACACAGGUCGAUGACGGGAAGGUAUUUAAAAUCUUGGACCUGGAGGACAUUGAAAAGACCUUCUCUGCAUACCAGAGGCAGCAGGACUUCUUUAUGACCAAUAACAACAAACAGAAGGAGACAGAGGAUGACUCAGUGUCUUCUAGAAGGGUCAAGGAGUUGUCUGUCAUUGAUGGUCGCCGGGCACAGAACUGCAACAUCCUACUGUCUCGAUUGAAGCUGUCCAAUGAAGAGAUCAAAAGGGCCAUCAUGACCAUGGAUGAACAGGAGGACCUUCCCAAGGAUAUGCUGGAGCAGCUAUUGAAGUUUGUCCCAGAGAAGAGUGAUGUGGACCUCCUGGAGGAACAUAAGCAUGAGCUGGACCGAAUGGCCAAGGCAGAUCGCUUCCUUUAUGAGAUGAGCAGAAUCAGUCACUACCAGCAGAGGCUGCAGUCUUUGUAUUUUAAGAAGAAGUUUGCAGAGAGAAUAGCUGAAAUAAAGCCCAAAGUUGAAGCACUGACAAAGGCCUCUAAGGAGGUGCUGCAGAGCAGGAACGUCAGGCAGCUGCUGGAGGUGGUGCUGGCCUUUGGAAACUACAUGAACAAGGGUCAGAGAGGCAACGCUUACGGCUUCAAGAUCUCCUCACUCAACAAGAUUGCUGACACCAAAUCUAGCAUCGACAAGAAUAUUACUCUGCUACAUUACCUGAUCACAAUCUUGGAGAAGAAGUAUCCCAAGGUCAUGCUGCUGCAGGAGGACCUGAAGAAUGUUCCAGAAGCAGCCAAAGUUAACAUGAUGGAACUGGAGAAGGACAUUGGCAACCUCCGUAGUGGACUGAAGAACGUAGAGAGUGAGCUGGACUUCCAGAAGAGCCGUCCUCAGGAGCGAGGGGACAAGUUUGUGUCAGUGGUUAGCCAGUUCAUCACCGUGGCCAGCUUCAGCUUCUCUGAUGUGGAGGACUCCCUUCAGGAGUCGAAGGAACUGUUCCAGAAGGCUGUGAAGCACUUCGGAGAGGAUGCUGCUCGCAUGCAGCCGGAUGAGUUCUUUGGCAUCUUUGACCAGUUCAUGCAAGCUUUUACAGAGGCCAAGCAGGAGAAUGACAACAUGCAGAAGCGCAAGGAGGAAGAAGAGCGACGGGCUCGCAUGGAGGCUCAGCUGAAAGAGCAGCGGGAAAAGGAGAGGAAGGCCCGCAAGGCCAGGGAGAAUGGUGAGGAGGAUGGCGAGUUUGAUGACCUGGUGUCAGCGCUGCGCUCCGGCGAGGUGUUUGACAAGGACCUGUCCAAGAUGAAGCGCAACCGAAAGAGAAUCAUCAACCAGACACCAGAGCCGGGCAGCAGGGAGCGGCCGGUCACCAAAUUAAACUUCUGAGCAGAUGAUAUACUCUCCUGACUCUGCUCCCUGGCUGCUCUGCACAGCACUGCUGGAGCAGCCGGCGUCAGCUGAGCAUUCCUUUCUUUACUGGCCAUAGACUUAGAAAAGCAGCCCUUGGUAGAACUGCAAGACCAUGUAGACCCAUGUGUCUCUGUAUGCUAAAACUUAAAAACAGAACAGUACAGAAGAAAGGACUGGGGGGGUUUUUUUUUUUUUUUUUUUGUCUUCUGCUGCAGAAAAAGAGAUGUCUGUCUGGAAACAGAUAAAUAAAAAAGGACAUAACCUGCAGUUAAGAAGAGUUGAGUCUUAAAUAUGACUCGGUGGAUCCCUCUGCCAGUUGCCAAAAUUCAUGUUUAAUCUCACUGGUUUUCUCUGACUCUGUGUUCCUCGGUUAGCGAACAUGAUGAUGUAGUGAGGCUGGCAGAUGUUCAGGAGCAGUGCGAACCACUGCACCCCCCUCCCUUGUCCGUAGGCCUGCUUCCUGAGCAGGAAGUGAUAAUAGGGCAUGGCAUACCACUCCUCUCUGCAUUGGGGGAGCUUCUGCUUAACAAAAGGUAGUCCUUCGAACCCUAGCAUUUUCCCUAUCUGCAGAAGUACCCUCCUACUUUGACCAGAGUGGGACCUCCAUGGAGCAGCCCUUCCCUCGUGACCUCCACAGUGUCAAGGCCAAGGUGGGUGGGAUGAGAGCAUGUCAGUCCCAGCGUGGGCACCCACCACUCCUGUGCUUCCAGUGGGCAUUCCAUGCUGUCUUGAACAGCAGGCUUGUUUUUAUCCAGAUUCAGCACAACAUGGACAACAAAUAUCCAGUAUAUAUAUAUUUCCUGCUCUGCACUGCAACUUUUUUAAGCUGGAUUUUUUUAAAGACCUAGAAGUAUUUAAAUGAGAAUACAUUAGGCAAUAAGAAUGAUAAAUAUUUUGAUCUGGAUACAGUUAAUUUUUGGUUGUAAAACUGAGUCAAAUGCUAAAUGAACACUAAAUGUAGUAUUUCAAAUGCAGCACUUUAUUUCAGAGGUCUGCUGGUGUAAAAUGAAUUUUACAUUUUUGGUAUCUUUUCGAGAGUUGUGUGAGAGCCAGGUCCAACUAACUGAAGCACUGUGGACGCCAACAUGAUUUCUAUGCAUAUAAAGUGGAAAAAAACAUUGUUUUGUCCCAGUUAUAUGCUCGUAUGAGUGUGUAUGCAGUACUACAACGUAUGUGUAUACAUUUUUUACAUGCACGUCGUAGUUCUCUAUGUACUCUGUAUAUGUCUACAUACACACCCCAUUAAUUAGGUGAAAUGUAAAAAGUAAAUGGAGAAUAAAUCCUAGGAUCCAUGUCCCCAUCAACCUCUCCAAUCUGCCACAUCCCCUUGAAUAAAUACUUUUAUGGAUAGCCUCCUUUUACUGUGAUGUUUCCUUUGUAUGUUGGGGUCCUUCUACGAGCCUUU